CAGUCGAUAAGGAUAAUGUAAAAGAGGGUACCAACCCAUGACGCAAUAAAUGGACACCUUUAUUUCAAGUUCAAUAUUUAUCAUCAAGAAAAUAACACCAAAACGCAAUCAUCGCUAAGACACCCAAAUUUGAAGCAUGCGGCGAUCAUCCAUACUAAAGACCCAAACAUCAGAACCACUAAUAGUAAUCGAAGACGAUGAAUAUGAAGAGGAAAAAAAGGAAGUCUCCCGGCAAAAUUCGGAAGACGAAUACAGCCAGAAUCCAUAUCUGCUUUCACCAUUCGCCCGGGAAGUAAGGAAGCAUUCAUUGCCAACGCCCCAAUGCAGUGGAAUCACCGCCAGUCAAGUCAGAAGGUUAUCAGAAAGGGGCGAGACAACAGGGCCUGGUCCUAAACAGGUUGAAUUCUUAGCCACUCUGUCGACAGCACCACAAAGCAGCGGUGGAAGAAGACAUUCGGUGGUUACUAUAUCUAGAGUUCCACCUACGUUGUUCGGUAGGAACAGGCGAGAAUCUGUAGCAGCUUUCCCUAACCCUCUUGGCAGUAGGGUUCUAGGUAGUAGGAGAGAGUCCAUAGCUUGUCCUCCAUCUACAGAACCAAUAGGCAGUAUGCAUAACCUCCAAUUGGACAUCAUGGACGAUAUAGUCCAAGCGCGAAAGGUUCGAAUGAAGAUGUGGAACACCAGCAGUGAAAAAGUCUGCGAGGUCCAACCGCUUGACGAAACUGGCAACAGUGGCAACAUACAACGUUACACCAAUUCAGGAAGACGCUUCUCUGAUUUCAUCGGCACUACCCUAACCCCGAUUCCUAGCGUUAGCAAACGAAGAGCUUCCCAAAUUCCACCGGCCUCUGCGAUACCCGAAACGAGCUUUACAGCCAGUAAAGUUGCAGGCAUUGUUUGUUCCAAUACUGAUCUAAUAUCAAUUUUAUCAUCCCGUUCGACUUCAGCUACAGAAAUUGAUCAAAUUGAGGUAGAUAAAAAAGAUAGUUCUACAGACAAGAGUAAGUUGCAUUAUAAAAGAGAUCAGUUGAAAAGCUCGAGGUCCAAUAGCUUCGAUAUAUCCAUAUUGAACGAAGUAGAUGAAUAUCGUGAUUCGAAAUCUGCACAUUCCAAUUGGUUCGUGAAAAGGCAUCAACCAAUCACUAAGACUGAAGAGAAACCUAGUGUGAGCUUUAAAGAAAAGGUUGUUAUCGAAAAAGAACCAAAUAAAGUAAUGUGGGAUGAAAGAAGCGGAUCUAUUGUCGAUCCGGAAGCACUUGGAAGUGCCAUUGAAGUUUUUUUGAGGAAAUCCUCCCCAUCUCCGUCAUCUGAUACGCCUGGUACGUCUAAUAUUUCCCCCACGAAGGGGACGAAGGGUACUAACGGCGGUGGGGUGAAAGGUAAGAAUUGGUUCAAUAAAGGUGACGAAGAUUCCUCGACAGAAACUUGCGAUUCGUCGAUUUGCUCAACUUUAAAAGACUUGUUUGUUAAAUAGGAUGAUAAUUUGGUUACUUUAGGCAGAAAUGGCCCUUUAUGAAGUCGAAAUUAUCAAUGUUAAUAAUAUUGAAUGUGUCUUAUCUCUCGUUGAAGUGCAAUCAGUAUUUAACUAGGUGUCUCUGAUGUUCAAAAAUUAUGUAUGUAUAAGUUUAUAAUAACGUUUCACAAGUAACAUUACUACAUUGAAGAGGAACUGUAAUGAAAACUUUAUUUUAUAAUAGCGGUCGGAAUUUUAUUUGCCAACAUAAUUAAUUCUCUCCAAGGUAUAAAUAAAAAUGUUUACUUGACUUGUAAAAAAGGCGUAAGAAAAAGGUUCUAAAUGAAUUUUUUAUACUGUUCCUCUACGGGUACAAAGUUGUCAAUACCUUAAAAUGAGUUGCACAAGGUAUAAUAGGAACAUGCACAUAUCAGGUAAAGAUCGCUUUCGCUCGUUGCGCUUAAAUCUAGGUUUGAUAUAUGUGGUGGGGCGGGCAUAUCGAGUCAUAUCGAUGCACGCUAUGUUACGUGCAUGUCCCUUUGAAACUUUGUUUAACUCGCUGUAGGAUUCCAUGUUAAAAAUUCCGUAUCUGUAUAAUGUGGUCGAGUUAAAUUAGCAAUUGAAUCCGUUGUUAAAGAGUAUCCUCCUAAAAACCUAUUAAACCAAUUUGUUAGAUUAUAAAUUUAUUCUUCUGUUUUCAACUUUUUAAAUCGGGUCUGUCCAUGAAAAUUUAACCCACAGGGUGUCUCAUUAAGAAUGGACACGCAACAAAUGAAGAUUUUCUGAUUAAAAAUAAGACGUUUAAAGUUGAAAAUUCAAAUAUUGUUAAGGUAUUAUUCUUUUAUUUCGCAAUAUAAUUUUAAUAAAUUCGGUAAUAUUUUUAAUGUCAUUAGAUACACCUAUCAGCAGAACAAUCAGUUAAAUAAACUGCGUACGGCAUGGAUAAGCAACACCUUCAUUUCCUCUAAAUUUUACGCCACCUUUCAAAAACUUAUUUAGACUGUAAUUUUAAAUCGUUUGAUAUGUUUUAAAUAUAUCAUGUACCUAUUCAUGUUGGGAACUAAUAAAGUGAUUGAUUUUCGAGAUAUUGACACUCAAAGAUAGAUAUUUUUAUUUUAAUUUUGUAAUUUUGGAUUUGUUUUUAUAAAAUUAUACUAAUCAAACGUUUUUGUUGUCAAAAGAUAAACCUAUUAGCAAAAAAAUUAUUUAAAUAAACUAUUUAAUAAAUAUUUAAUAAAUAUUACGAAACAUCCCAGAAACAUUUCUAAAAUGUGCCUGAAACCUAAAAAUGUCCUGUAAAUAUAAUAGUUCAUAGUAAUAUUUCUGAAAUGAAAAUUUGAAAUCUUUUAGAAAUAUUAAAUAGUAAUACUUAUUUCAGAAAUGUAUUCUAGUUUUUUUUUUCUAAAAUAUUAUUAGACAUUUAAAAAUAUACAUGUUCAUUUAAAAUACAC